AUGAGCGUUGUCGGUCGAUAUCUGAUUGUACUCUUGUACAUCAUGAUGUUUGUUCCUCAUGCUGCCACGCAACUUCGAGCAAAAGAAGAGAUACCGGAACAAAACGUGAUCUCACGGGGCCUCACGACCGAUCCAGAAGAUUUUCCUUGUCCCGAAUCGAACAAUUGCAUGUUGGGGUCGCUGCGGGGCCAACGCAUUCACCGAAACUACUUUUUCGGCAUGUUUUGCCAGGCGAAAUGCGAGCUAGCAAUUCUGCCCUUGUUGUUACCCAAGAUCAGCGGUGGUCUCUACGGCUGUGGUGAAUGCCCCACUCCAGCAUUGAGUGGCGACGAUGAACCGUGGGUGGCUCCAUCCGUUGCACCAUGA